UGCCCCACUUAACUCCGUGAAUUCCAACCUGCUCAACGCCGAGGUGAGCCGCCACGGAGGGCUCGGCACCAACCGCGGGGGAGCUGCUGGCUUCCAACUUGGGACUCGCCGCUGUUGGGGCGCCACACAGGCACCGGUGAGGCCAAGAAAAGCAACCAGACACGAAAACAACCUUCGAGGCAUCAGUUGAAGCACCGCUAAGACGAGAGCGCAGCUGUGAUUGCAUUUUUCGUCCCACCCAUCCUCAAACUCCGCUUUAGCGAGCGAGAUAAGUUGACCUUCAACGGAGGCGAUCUCAAGAUGCCAAACACCGUUUCAGACGCGGAGGGCCACGCCGCGCUUGAGAUUGCAGCUGGGUCGCAACUCAACAGCCGCGAGAGGAUUCUACCAAACCUGGAGCGAGCCGAGGACCCCAGCCAUGCUCCCGAGGCCAAGAAGAAAGAGCUCCCGGUGCGAGGUGCUUGGAAGGGAAGGUUCGACUUCCUCAUGUCGUGCGUGGGCUACGCCAUCGGCCUGGGCAACGUGUGGCGCUUUCCGUACCUGUGCGGAAAGAACGGCGGAGGGGCGUUUCUGAUCCCGUACUUCCUGACGCUGGUGUUUGCUGGAAUUCCGCUCUUCCUGCUGGAGACUUCAUUAGGGCAGUACACCUCCGUAGGCGGCCUGGGAGUCUGGAAGCUGGCUCCCAUGUUUAAAGGUGACCGGCGGUCACGACUCUGCCCUUUUACCGAGGAGCAGCGGACAGCAGGAGUGGGGCUUGCUUCAGUCGUGAUCUCAUUCUACCUCAACAUCUACUACAUCGUCAUCAUCUCUUGGGCCAUCUACUACCUGUACAAUUCCUUCACCUCUAUGCUGCCAUGGCAAGACUGCAAUAACCCGUGGAACACGGAUAAAUGUUUCUCGAAUUACAGCAUCCUUGACACCACCAACCUCACAAGCACCGUUGUGGAGUUCUGGGAGCGGAACAUGCACCAGUUGUCCAGUGGGUUGGAUGAGCCAGGUCAAGUGAGAGGUCCUCUUGCCAUCACUCUCGCCAUCUCCUGGGUCAUGGUCUACUUCUGCAUUUGGAAGGGAGUUGCGUGGACUGGCAAGGUUGUGUACUUCUCGGCCACGUUCCCGUACGUUAUGCUGUUUGUGCUGUUCUUCCGUGGAAUCACCCUGCCGGGCGCCAAAGAGGGCAUCCUGUUUUACAUCACACCAGACUUCCGCAGGCUCACAGACUCCGCGGUCUGGCUGGAUGCUGCGACGCAGAUAUUUUUUUCCUACGGCCUUGGCCUUGGCUCUUUGGUCGCCCUUGGCAGCUACAACCCCUUCCACAACAACGUUUACAAGGACUCCAUCAUUGUGUGCUGCAUCAACUCGGUCACCAGCGUCUUCGCUGGAUUCGUCAUCUUCUCCAUCGUGGGUUUCAUGUCUCACAUCACAAAGAAGCCUGUUAAGGAGCUGGCCGCAUCGGGUCCAGGCCUUGCCUUCCUGGCUUAUCCACAGGCUGUCACCCAACUUCCCAUAUCGCCUCUCUGGUCGAUUCUUUUUUUCUCCAUGCUUCUCAUGCUUGGACUGGACAGUCAGUUUUGCACGGUGGAAGGCUUCGUCACAGCGCUGUCUGAUGAAUAUCCUCAGUACCUCCGUGGGCAUAAGGAAAUUUUCAUCGCCGUCAUUUGCGUUAUCUCCUACAUCAUCGGACUCGCCAAUAUCACACAGGGCGGGCUGUAUGUCUUCAAGAUGUUUGACUAUUACUCGGCAAGUGGGAUGAGCCUGCUCUUCCUCGUCUUCUUUGAAACGAUAGCAAUAUCUUGGUGUUACGGCGUCGAUAGGUUCAAUGAUAACAUUUGCGAGAUGAUUGGGCACAAGGUCCACAAAUGGUGGAAUAUUUGCUGGGUCUUCUUCACUCCACUCGUGGUCGUGGGAAUGACAAUGCGGCCUCUCCCUCCUAAGUGGCGCAUUUGGUGGUUGAUCAAUGAACGUGGGCGUAUUCAUGUUCAGCGUCGUGGAGAUGACUCCGCUGACGCUGGGCAGCUACACGUACCCGAUGUGGGGUCAGGGCAUGGGUUGGUUCAUGGCGUUGUCGUCCAUGCUCCUCAUCCCUGGAUACAUGGUCUACCUCUUCUUGGUCAGCAAGGGAACUCUGCGACAGCGAUGGCACCAAAUGUCCAGAGUUCAAGUCAGCAAGCGCCAAGAAAUUGGAGGAGCAUGCUAUGAAAAUGAAGUCACGUUCUAAGCGCUCGUCAACACAUUUAUUGAACGUUCAAAAUCUUGAUGUGCAUUUUGUUCGGACCUCGAAUGUGGUCUUCUUUCAAUGUGUUGUAUAUCUGAAGACCGUGUGAUGUGUACUAUGUUUGAGCAUAGAUGUUCUCAAUUCAGUAUGCACUGUGUUUUGGCAAUAGGCAGCAUUUAAUUUACAAAUUAUACUGAAGAGGCAAAGUGAGUCCCUGUAAUACCUCCCCAGGCGAAAUUGAAUUGUAGCCAUGGGUAGCAUAAGCAAUAUUUAAAAAUGCACCACAUUCCUCAUCAACACUGCCUUAUGAAGGAAAUAUGCUAGAGUAGAGCUGGACUAUCACAUUAUUUACUCUACUGAUUAUUGGUUAAAUUACUUAACUAAUUGGCGUGGCUUCCAGGGGGUUUCCUGCUUUCACAAGCAGGAUGUGGAGAGUGACCAGUAUUUUUAAAAGUGCCCAAGUAAUCGAUGACAAAAUAGUAUUCAACUAUUUUUUUAUCUGAUUAAACUGUCCCAGCUCUAUGCCAUAUAAGCUAUCAUUCCGCCAAUGACAUGUUAGCUUGCGAUGUACUUUUCUGGUAGAAUGCUGUGUUCAAGGCCGUAUUUAUAAUAUAUAUUGGGGGGGGGGACACAUAAUGGGGGGUCCAAAAUGUCCCCCCCCCAAUAUAUUGCUAUAAAAUAGAUUUCUGUUCAUAUGAUUG